AUGGGGUUCCCGGUGGGCUACUCGGAGCUGCUGCUGCCGAGAUUUCUCCUCCACAUAGCCUUAAUCCUCGGCUACGUGCGGCGAUUCAUCUUCCGGGCCUUCGACGCCGUGGGCCUCGGCGACCUCCUCGACGCCGACGCCCCUUGGCCUGAGAACACCGGCCACCGCAAUCUCGACCACGACGACCACCACCACCACCACGGCAACCUCCAGCAGCCACGAUUUCGGUCGGUGUCGGCGAUGCUGAUCCAGGAGGCGCUUCCGGUGGUGAGGUACGAGGAGCUGGCGGCGGCGGGGCAGCACGUGGGGGGCAGCUGCGUGGUCUGCCUCUAUGACUUCGAGGCGUCGGAGGAGGUCCGGAGGCUGAGCAACUGCCGGCACGUGUUCCACCGCGGCUGCCUCGACCGGUGGCUGGAGCACGACCAGCGGACGUGCCCGCUCUGCCGCACGCCGCUCGUCCCGGAGGAGAUGCAGGUCGCGAUCGACGAUCAAAUGUGGGCAGCCGCCGCCGUCCCUGACUCGUACUACGACGACUUCUUCUUCUCUUUCCCGUUUGCAUCGGCCUCGCCGCCGAGCCCGACUCUGCUACUCGCCCACCAGCUCUUCUCUUCCUCGUAGGUGGAGAAGAGACUUGGAUCGGCCAAUUGUACAUAGAGUAAGUAGUACACAGGAAGGUGAACGGCAGAAACAGAGCAUAAGAAAAAAGAAAGAAAGAGGUAGAAGUUUCCCGAGGAAAGAAAAGGAAAAAAUAAGUAAAAAUAACAGAAAAAAAAAGAAAGAAAAAGUAUCGGAGCCACUGCUUCUUCCCCAUGUGUAGUUUGGUAAGUGAAUAUAAUUCGUAUUGCAGAGUUGAA